UGGCGUGGGGUGAAAAAAAAAAUCGAUAUCGCGCUUUGACCUUCGGGAGUUGUAGUUCGUUUCCAGACAAAUGAGCAUCCGACUUCCUCAGGAGAAUGGACAGAGGAAAACUACACAUCCCAGCAUGCCUUUCGGCUUCGGCCUUGGCCGUACUAUUAAUAGUGGGGGCGGAGAGGCGAACUUCAGUGAUGGCUGCGUCUGACCAAUAGAGAGCGCUGUUGCCGGCCCUGGCCGCGCGUGGAGGGCGGGCCGUUGGCGAACAGCCAAUGGGGUGAGGGCAAGGCCGGUGGGCGAGAGGAGGGACAGCUGGCGUCAGGUUGGGCUGAGGUGCGGGAGAAUGUGAAAACUUUCCCAGCCUACUGGCUGUGGGAGGUGGUGCUGCUGCUGCUAUUGCAGCAAUUGGAGGCUGGGAACUGUGGAUCGGGAUCAGGAUCGGUUAGUCGUUCUUCAUAGCCUCGGGACUAUAUGAAAGAAUCCAGUUUGUAUGUGCGGCUCCGGUUCCUGUUUCUCGCGCCGUGCCUUCAGAUCCUUAACCAAAGUCCAUCUCUGAAACUUACUGAAGCACCUAUUGGCGAGAUCAUCUUUACUUUGAGCUGCUCGUCCACUGAAGGUAUAGAUGGCAAUGAGUAAUGUGCAGUGUGAAGAACUGAACACGGACACGAGAGGGGCGCAAGAUGCACAGCUCUGACUGCAACUUUUACUGAUCCAUCACUGAAGAUGGUACACUGAAUUCUGAUUUUUUUUUUUAAAGUGAACUGUUCCGACGAUUAUAGGUCAAUUUCAUUUGUAAAUUGAAUUACUUCCAUCCUGGGCACCUUAUUAAUGCUUCACAGAAUUGACCAUAAUGUAAUGAAGUCGACUCGAUCUUUUAUUUAGAAAGUUUGCUUGUUUUCUGAAUGGAUAUGAGUGACAAAAAGAUCGUGCACGAAGAGCAAUCACAUUCCGGUGGUGCUUCAGGAUUCUCCAUCGAGUCUGCUAGGAGCAUGCAGUCUGAUGAUUUCUUUCCUAGAAAAUACAAAGUCAUUAAUGGUAACAUGGGACCUCCCAUUCUUUCUGGUACACCUUGCAAAUCUGACAACAGCAGUCAGCUUAAUGGCACACCUGCCAUGCCAAAGAUGGGCGUGAGGGCAAGAAUCUCUGAAUGGCCUCCAAAGAAAGAAUUUGCAAAAGAGGGAGUAAAUAGUAACCUAAUGACAUGGGAUAGCAGGUCAUUAGCCAGUUAUGAAAAUGUUUCCAUCAUGAGAGGUAAUCAAAAUGGACAGAAUGACCAAAGUGUUGAGGGUCUGCCUGAGGAGAACCCGGAUGUUACUGAGGACUUGGAAUUUGCAGAUGCGAGAUAUAUUUUUGGGGAUCUCUUCACUCGGUCCCCACACAGGGGCCUUCACCCAAUAAGGCAGAGGAGCAACAGUGAUGUUACGAUCAGUGAUAUAGAUUCUGAAGAUGUUCUUGACCAAAAUGCAGUAAAUCCAAACACUGGUGCCGCUCUUCAUCGUGAAUAUGGAAGCACUUCUUCAAUUGACCGACAGGGUAUAACUGGUGACAGUUUCUUUGCCAUGCUUCGAGGAUAUAGAAGUGAAAGCGAGGACCAGAGGAGCCCUGGUCCACUUGGGCUUAGUGAUCUGUUGCGCUGUGAUUCUGGAAUGUCACCCAGUCUACAAGCAGCAACUCAGAUUUCUCGAGCUGAAUUUGUCAGAGUUUCUGGAUAUGAUUAUGUGGAUAGUUCACUUUUUUUUUGCAAAGAUAGCGAAAAGGCAUUCAAACGGAGAUUGAAACCUGAAACAAUAGAGGCAUCUCUUUUUAGAAAAUUGAGAACUGCAAAAAGUGAACAUGAGGCAUUAAGGUUCUCUUUUGAGCAGGAAGAGAACAGACUGGAGAAAAGCAACCAGCUGUGGAUGUGUCAUAAGUGUUUUGCACACUAUGAUGUACAGAGCAUUUUGUUUAAUAUAAAUGAAGCAAUGGCAAACAGGGCUAAUGUAGGGCAAAGAAAAAACACAACCACUGGUGCAUCCGCAGCUUCACAACACCCAAUUCCAGGAGGUUACUCUGCAAACUGUGAGUCUCCAACGGGCAGCAAAGAGGAAUUAAACUCAAAGGAGAAUUUGGAUUCUGAUGAGGGAGAUGGGAAAAGCAAUAAUUUGACUUUGGCAUGCCCAUACUUCAGGAAUGAGAUUGGCGGGGAAGGGGAGAGACGCAUCGCACUUUCCAGGGCUAACUCUUGUUCAUUUACUUGCAGUGAAAGCUGCUCCUUUGAGUCCUCACUCAGUUCUCACUGCACAAAUGCAGGUGUGUCAGUAUUAGAAGUACCCAGAGAGAACCAAGCAAUCCAUCGAGAGAAAGUGAAGCGAUAUAUCAUAGAGCACAUUGAUCUUGGAGCAUACUAUUAUCGUAAAUACUUUUAUGGGAAAGUGCAUGUCUUCAAUUUUAAAACUACAGCCAGAUUAUUCAGGAGUGAAAUGGAGAAGCAAAUGACAAUGGACAGACAGUGGCAAACAUACAAAAAGCGAACGUGGGUGAACUACGAGAAUCGUUUAUACCUGUCUGGUGCAAGAGUGCAGAGAGAGAAAGUGGCCAAACCAUUGGCUUACGAGCUUUCCACUCUCAGAGGUGCUGUGCUAGAAGAUGCUGUGCCAUCCACAGCUCGACACGGCACAGCUCGAGGUUUGCCUAUGAAGGAGGUGCUGGAGUAUGUGAUUCCUGAGGUGAAUAUCCAGUGCCUUAGGGUAGCUUCAAAUUCUCCCAAAGUAAUGGAACAAUUGCUGAAACUCGAUGAACAAGGGCUGAGCUUCCAGCAUAAAGUUGGAGUCCUGUACUGUAAAGCAGGCCAAAGCACUGAAGAGGAGAUGUAUAACAAUGAGACAGGAGGCCCAGUGUUCGAAGAGUUCCUUGAUCUCCUUGGCCACAGGGUGAGAUUGAAGGGUUUCAACAAGUACAGAGCACAGCUGGAUAACAAAACUGACUCCACAGGAACUCAUUCUCUUUAUACUACGUACAAGGAUUAUGAAAUCAUGUUCCAUGUGUCAACGAUGCUUCCAUACACACCCAACAAUAGGCAACAGCUCUUAAGGAAGAGACACAUAGGAAAUGACAUAGUCACAAUUGUCUUUCAAGAGCCCGGAGCACUUCCUUUCACUCCCAGAAACAUCAGAUCCCACUUUCAACAUGUUUUUGUCAUUGUCAGAGUUCAUAAUCCAUGCACAGAGAAUGUCUGCUACAGUGUGGCUGUAUCCAGGUCUAAAGAUGUACCUCCAUUUGGCCCACCUAUUCCCAAAGGAGUCACCUUUCCAAAGUCAGCAGUAUUCAGGGACUUUCUUCUUGCCAAAGUUAUCAAUGCAGAAAAUGCAGCACACAAAUCUGACAAGUUCCGGGCAAUGGCUACCAGGACAAGGCAGGAGUACUUGAAAGAUUUGGCAGAAAACUUUGUUACCACAGCUACAGUUGACUCUUCGGUGAAAUUCAGUUUCAUCACCCUUGGGGCAAAGAAAAAGGAGAAAUCAAAGCCCCGGAAGGAUGCGCAGCUGUACAGCUUUGGAGCUAUUGUGUGGAAUGUCAUUGCUCGGGACUUUGGCCAGUCUAAUGAUAUUGAAUGUAUUGUCGGAAUCUCAAAUGAAUUCAUCGUUCUUGUAGAGCAAGACUCCAAAAAUGUGGUGUUUAAUUGCUCAUGCAGGGAUGUCAUUGGCUGGACCUCUGGUUUAAUGACCAUAAAGAUUUUUUAUGAAAGAGGAGAAUGCGUCCUGCUGUCUGCUAUGGAAAGCUGUGCAGAUGAUAUCAGAGAAAUUGUACAGAGACUUGAGUUAGUGACCAGAGGCUGUGAAACAGCAGAAAUGACUCUGAGAAGGAAUGGCCUCGGACAGCUAGGAUUCCAUGUUAACUUUGAAGGUAUUGUGGCAGAUGUUGAACCAUUUGGAUAUGCUUGGAAAGCUGGCCUGAGGCAAGGGAGUCGUCUCGUUGAGAUCUGCAAAGUAGCUGUGGCAACCUUGACCCAUGAGCAGAUGAUUGACCUUUUACGAACCUCUGUGACAGUGAAAGUAGUGAUUAUUCAGCCUCAUGAAGACGGAUCACCCAGAAGAUCCUUGCAAGAUGUGGAAAAUGUUCCACUAGCCCAAUCCAAUGUUGCUGAUGGCAGUCAGCAUUACCGAAACUCCCCCAGUAACCAGUCAUCUUCGAGUGAUCCAGGACCAAGUGGCAGCAGUCAUUGGAGACAGCAGUCUGGAUAUGAUGGGUGCCAAUCCCCUGUUUUACACGAUCAUCAAGGUUCAACCAGUGCUCUAACAGAAUAUGAUGCACCAAGAGAAAGAGAUGGCACUUUGGAGAGGACCAGAAGUGUUGAACCUAGAUGGCAUGUUCCAUCAACAAAAAUCCUGAAUUCCUACAAGGGACUGCAAAGGGAAAGCAUUGGCAAAGAGUCUCCAAAUAAGAUUUUACAUAUUACCGACAACAAUUGCUCAAGCCAUUCCAGCAGCAAUACUCUGUCCAGUAAUGCAUCCAGCAAUAGUGAUGAUAAACAGUUUGGUUCUGGUGACUUAAUGGAUCCAGAAUUGCUGGGCUUGACUUACAUUAAAGGGGCCUCCACUGACAGUGGAAUUGACACAGCUCCAUGUAUGCCACCCCCAUUGAUGGGCACGGUUCAUUUAACUGCCAACAGACCAGCUAUACAAAGCAGAGCAGACCAGAUGGUACAAUGGGUGGAUCAUUGUGAAGAUGGAGGGCCUGAAGAUGGACAAGCAAAAUCAUACAGCGUUCAUAACUACACUGCUGCAAUUUCUGCCAGCCUUGCUACCCAAGGAAGCACUGGUGAUCUCAGUGAGAUCUCCUCACAUUCCAGUGGUUCACAUCAUUCAGGAAGUCCAUCACCGCGUGUUUCUAAAACCAGUGGAUCACUUGAUGCCUCCAAGGUCUACAUAGUGUCCCAGAACAGCCCUCAACAAAUCCUGGGGUCAUUGUCUGGAUCCUACCAUUGCCAGGGUGCCAUUAAUAAAUAUGUCAUUGGCUGGAAGAAGCUGGAUGGAAGCCCCACACCAGAAGAGUCAGAGAUUGCAGACUGCAGAAGGAGACUGUAUGGUGAUGUAACAGAAAUAUCAAGUUCCAGUCAACAUGAGGCUUCAGCAGAGGAUCUGAACCCUAUCAGCAAACCCCAGCAAACAUUUACCAAGGAGGAAUUUCUGAAGCUGAUGCUGCCAGACAGCCCUCCUUUGGAACAAAGAAGAAGGAAGAUUUCUGUUUCUGGGAAUUUAUCACCAAGGAAGUCUUUGUAUCGCACGCUCUCUGAUGAAAGCAUUUGCAGUAAUCGGCGAGGCUCUUCGUACAACAGCUCCCGAAGUUCAGUGCUUGAACAGGCACUGCCAAAUGACAUCUUGUUUAGCACCACUCCACCAUACCACUGUACUCUACCCCCACGUGCCUCACUCAGCCCCUGCUCCACUGGCCUACGAACUGAAUUCUGGUUCUCUGAUGGAUCUUUAGUGGAUAAGUCGAGGUUUACAGAUCCUGGCUUGAUGCCUCUUCCAGAUACUGCUUCUGGAUUAGACUGGUCGAACCUUGUAGAUGCUGCACGAGCAUUUGAAGUGCAUCUUUGCGUAAAGAAAUUUGAAGCUAUGUUAAUGGACCAUCAGGAGAAAGCCAUCUCUUCCAGCAUUUCUCAUUAG